AUGUUUCGCAGUGAAACAAGUACUGAAGAAGGUAAUGCUCUUGUUCUUUCAAUAUUGGAUAUCCCUAUUUUUUUAUCACUUGGCAUAAGCAGCAUAGCGAUUGAUGUUUCAGAUGAGGAGGUUCCACAGGCUAUUCCAUUAUACCCUAACGCAGAUGAUGAUAAAAGCAAAGAAAGUAAAUGUGGUGUGGAGAAGCCUGCUGCUACUGAGUCCUCUAAAGCAAAGGUUUGCUUGGAGGAAGCAAAGAAUCCUGACAAGCAUAAAGCUGAUGUUGGUGGCACUGACGAUGAUGAAAGUGACGAAGAUGUUGAUUCAGAAGGUGGUGAAUCGGGUGAUGAUGAGAAUUCUAGUGAUGAGGAUGAUGGUGAGAGUUCAAAUGAAGAAGAUGAUGAAGACUCUCCAAAGAGUGCUAAGCGCAAGAAUAGGCCAGCAGAAACACCCUUGAAGACACCUCCAGGGAAGAAGGCAAGGAUCACAACACCGUCUGUGGGCAAAAAAACUGUCAGUGAUGAUGCUAAGAAAAGUAACCACGUCCAUGUUGCAACCCCUUAUCCAUCAUUGAAGCAGGACUUUCUACUCUUCCGUCAGGUCUUGAAACUCAUUGCAAAGUGA